UUGAACGGAAAUAAAGUCAGCCAUGUUUUAAUAAACCUCUGUGCGUUUGUAAAGUUGACAAAUAUGGGGGCAAAACUUUUGGUUUUAUUUACAUUGUUCUCGAUCACGACGGUUGUUUUCGGGAAAGCGGUGCCCAACAACAUUGAUGGAAACCCUUUGCUGAGCCUUUUCGGACUCGGCGGCAGCAAUAGCAACUGGAACCCUCUAUCACUUUUGGGUCUACGUGGUGAAAAACGUGAUGAAAGUCCUAAUCCAGCAAAACACUUUGCAUCGAUCGCGAGUGGAGUCAGCGGACUCAUGCAAGACAUGAUGAAAAACGCCGCGAAAUUCGCUGAGGCCAGUGCUUCAACCACAGAAGCACCAAAAACGUCUCCAAAGGACCCGCUAAUCGCAGGAUUGGAACUGCUAACGGGAAUUUUCUCCAACAAAAAUGGCAUCCCUGAUUCGUCGAAAACUAAAUGAAAUAAAACAGAUUAAUUUCCAUAUCAUUCUGUAGUUCUAAAAAUGGCCUUUUUUAUUCUUCUCUUUGGUCCUCUCACAGGAGUUAAAUGUGGUUUUAAAUCACAUUAUUUUUUUAAUAUGUGGUUUGAAUAGUGCGAGCAUAUUAAAAU